CUGAGUGUUGUUCUCGGUUACAUUCUCCAGCUGGUUACAUGGCCGCCCCCGAGCUGCCCCGAGCCUUCCUGCUCUCCCUCCGCACGCUCUUUGACAUUCUGGAUGACGGACGAAGGGGCUCGGUGCACAUAACUGAGAUUGAGUCCCGCUGGCAGGGAGCAGAUUCGCUGCCCCCCGGUGUGCUAAGCUGCCUGCGGAAGGUUGCUCCUCCGGACGGCUAUCUGACUUUUGAUCGCUUUGUGCAAGGUUUGAGAUCUUCGCUGCUUAGGGACCACAAUGAGAACUGUAGGAGGGGAAAGCCGCCCCCAACACGGGGGCAUUGCAAGCCUCUAGGUACCCGGUGCAUGAAUGAGGGGGAGGCAGGCUGGAGCCAGAGAGGAGGAGGGGAGAGGAAGCCCAUGUGCAGAUCACAGAGUGAGGCUACCAGUGAGGGUAUGGCGAAUCCAGGCAGGCACCCGCGCAGCCGGGGUGAGCACAGGAGGCACACAAUCAGUAAUGGUGUGGAUUACAGUGUGCUAAUGGUGAUGAAGGAGCUGGAGCAGGAAAAGGAUUUCCUUAUCCAGGGGUUGGAGAUGGUGGAACGCGCUCGCGAUUGGUACCUCCAGCAGAUCCAGGCUGUGCAGGAGCGACAGAGGAACUUGGGGAAGACCCCUAAUGAUUACUUUUCUGAGGGGCAUUGCAGCAACAUGAAUAUUUGGCUUUCGAAACUGCAGGAAGUGAAUCGCUGCCUAAGCGACCUCAUAUCUCCUGGCAAGGCCGGCUUAUCCUCUCCAUCCGCUCUUGCAACAAGUACGGCAUCAGCGGUGGUAUCAGGAGGGCAACAACAAGCUGUGACCAUGCUGAAGGAACAGAACCGUCUGCUAACCAAGGAGGUAUCGGACAAAAGUGACCGCAUCACUCAACUGGAACAGGAGAAAUCGGCCUUAAUAAAGCAGCUAUUUGAAGCCAGAGCUCGUAGCAACCAGGAAAACAGCCAGAUGGACUCUACAUUUAUAUGAACUGAUGGGACCACCUACCUUUGUUAUGGACCCAUGGGCAUCUUCUGUUGGAUUGGCCAUCCAGAACCUCAAAUGAAGAUUGAUUUCCCCCCCGCGUGUGCUUUUAGCCAUUUAUUUGGUCUUUUAUGGACCUGUUAUGUUUACAGGAGCCUGUCAGUACCCAGUGAUUUACAGAUACAAGGUGCAGAGCUGAUUGGCUGCUUUACCUUACAUAGGCAGCCAUUUCAGGAUUGCUAACUUUGCUUAUACUUGUACAGGACUCAAUUGCAGCCAUUUUGUUUUUCUGUUUGGUACACUCCGUCAUAUUUAAAGGUACAUUUCCUUAAAUAGUGAACAUUUUAUGUUUGUAUUGUUUUUAUGUAACUAGAUAGAUUUUUACAAGUCACUUUUAAAGACACCAUGUUGGACCUUUUUUAGCCUUUGAGAAUGGGUGUUUUACCUUCUUUAUUGUGUUUAAAGGGACAUGAAAUCCAAAAAUGUUCUUUCAUGAUUCUGAUAGACAAUACAAUUUUAU